AUGUAUAUUUAUUAAAAUGUUUUGAAAUCUUAACUUGAAGAAUUAUCAUUUAUAAGAACUGAGUACAAUGGUGAAAACACAGAACUUAUUGCAAAGACUUUAGCAGAAGCUUAUACAGUACAAUUUAUCAAAUUAUUAGAAAAAAAAUGAUUUAUUUAAAGCAUUGAAUAUAGAAUAUGCUUAAAUGUAUGAAGAAUUUAAGUCUUUUUUAAUAAAACAUACAUAUAAAUGGAUUUUAGUAUACUAUGAGAAAUAAUCAUAUGAGAAAAACAUAUAUAAUAUUGUAGCAAUUAUUUCCUAUACUGAUAUCAAUGAUCUAAAACUAAAUGAAUAAGAAUAACUAAUAAAAAAUUAUGAUAUUGUUCCAUAAAUCAAUAAAGUCAGAUAAUAUGUUAGGCUUAAGGCUUUGAAGUACUUUUUUGAUAGGUAUCAUCCAAAGUAUGGAGAAUAUUGUGUGACAGGUGCAUUUGCUUUUUCUACAAAAUAUAUGGGAGCAAGACAUUCUCUCAGAAUAUAUGCUGAUUCGAUAGAGUUUAUUCAAUCCAAAGGAUAUAAAUAUGGUUUUGGGUGGACAGCAAAUGAUAUUGCAAAAAACUUAUAUGAUAAACUUCAUCUUGUACUUCGAGAAGAAUAAUCAUUAGAAAGCUUAUAUGUAGAAGAGAGUAAAAGUUAUCCUUAUAGAAAUAUCAAAAUGAUUCAAGUUCUAUAUAUUGGUGAAGUUGAUUAAUCCGUAAUAAAAUUGAGAAAUAUUUUGAGUAAUAAAUAAAAUUGA